AUGACUUCUCAGAUACGACCUACUGCUCCGUCAAGCAACACAAGAGGGUUAGUCGUUCCCGCGGCUGGUUCGGACUACAAACACUGGCCCGUUUUCACGUGUGCCUAUGGUUUGGUACAAAUAUCCAUGAUGAUUUGGGUAUGUAAUAGAGGAGGAAAGAUAUCGAAUGCUUUACAGCCUAUUCGACGAAGCAGAUUAGAAACGCUCACAUUCAGAGGCCCCACUGUUAUAAACCACACUGAAUAUCCAAAUCCCUGGUACGGACCCUCAGAGCGCAGCCUCGUUCAGCUUGGUGCGUUAUUUCCUCCUUGUAUGAGAACGGAGCAUCGGUACAAUUACCAGUUUGCAACUUCAUGGAGCAACAUUCAGCUGCGAUUGGGACGGGAAAAACUAGGCUGCUGUGAAGCAGAAACCCUGAACAUCGCUGGCACAUUGACGAAGAAACAAUGUCAAAGCAUGUCAGCGCCUAACAUGACACAAUGGAAGGAAAUAAGGUGCAGUCAACGGCGUACAGGGCAGAACUUCAUCGCGCAUGCAAUACGUCCAUGUUGCGAUGCAUUAGCAAGUAAAUGUCACAUGACAAGUCCUGACCACUGCGUCUUCAUAGGCGGAGUAUAUCACCUCCACGCUGAACAUUGUUACCAGGUAGAUUGCCUUGCUUUUUCAUGCGAUGCCGACCCCGAAGUGCGUGGUAUAGACGACGAUCAUCUGUUAUCUGCAGGCGUGAUAUUACCUCCAUCUUAUCACCAGUGGUGGAGAUUUCUUGUGACAAUAUACCUCCCACAUGGAAUAGUGGACGGCACCAUACUAAAUCUACUAGGCUUACCGAUCUGCUUGAUCAUUGAAAGGAAGAUUGGAUUGCUGCGCAUGGUACUUGUGCACACGACCGCUGGCGUGGGAGGACAUUUGAUUGGGUCAUUAUGCAGCGAGUCAACAUCAAUAACAACUGGAGGAGUACCUUCGCUUGCAGGGAUCAUAGUCAUAAGUAUCAUAUAUUCCUUUAGAGCCCAAACACAAAGUUCCAGAAUUUUGUUGUAUUUAUCUGGUUACUUUUUUUCCUUGGUGGUUUUAUUCAUUUUAUCUUCAUUUCCACUCGUGAAUAAUUUUUCUACUUUUUCUGGUUUAAUCUUAGGAAUUUUUUUAGGAUUCACAUACUUACCAAAUUUAAAGCUUAGGAGAGAGCAUGUCGUAAGAGUGACUUGUCUUGCAGUUAUUAUCUUAGUGUUUAUUAUAUGUCUGUUUAUUUUCUAUGAGGUACAGCCAUCCUGUUCAUGGUGUAUGAAAUUCAGUUGUGUUUUCUUUGUUGAUGGGUGGUGUGAGUAGGCUAGUAUAUGUUGUGUGUUGGAGUGUU